AUGGAUGUCAAAUGGGCCAAAGAGAUUACGAGUGAAGUUCAAAAUAUGUGCGAGACAUUGAAAAAACUGUAUUAUGAGACCGCAAUAAUUAUUCUGGAAAAGGACAGUGGAAAGACGUCGAUAUUUGGGUCUUCAGUCGGGACUGCGUUUCUCUCACACAACCGUACAGUAGAAACAUUGUUCCAUGACUUCUAUGAGACAUAUAAGAAAGAAACUGACAAUGUGGGUAACCCCAAAAGGAAGAUAAACAAGUUAGAUGUUAGUAAUGCGGAAAUAAUAUUGCAUAAAUGUGAUAAUCAAUUAACGGAAGAUUGUAGUUGUACAACUGAAAUGGAUGACAUUUAUGAGGAAAAAUUGAGUGAGCAUGAGUCUGUUUCUAGGAAUGAAGAGCAUAAUAAUGAAAAUACUGGUCUUGUAAGUAGAAGAACAACACGACAGAGUAGUAGGAAGAAAAUGGGUGUUAAGGGCAAUGGAAGAAAGAAGAAAGGGAAGAUUCCAAAGACAGCAAGCUUCGAAAUCCAAUCAAAAGACAGUCCACAAAUAGUCACAAAGUCUCAGAAGGAAAAUGCUGAGGACAGCAAAACUAGCAAUAUCGUAGAUGAAGUUCAGACUGCUUAUGACUGUAGUAAAUGUAACAAAUGUUUCAAAAGUAAAGCUGGAUUGAUGUCUCAUGAUAUGUACAUUCAUUCAAAGAAUAAAGAUGGCACUCUAUCUGCUAUGCCAGAACAUCGAGAUAGGAAUGUUAAACUUAAGUAUGUUGAUAAAGAUGGAAACCAUAAAUUAGGUUUACGGUGUUCAAUGUAUGUGAAAGAAAUUGAUAAUGGAAAUACGAACUACCAAUGCAAAAUCUGUCCUUAUUUAACUGAGAGAUACAAUAGCAUUAUUGAACAUUCACAGAUUCAUGUCAUUUCGGAACUGUUGGGUUGCGCUUUAUGUGAUAAGACAUUUAAAGUCAAGAAAUCACUAUGGAGACACACAAAUCAACAUAAGAAGUUUCCUCAUAUGUGCAAAACAUGCAUGAGAAUGUAUGAAACAAAAGAAGAGCUAGAAGAACACAAGAUCUCCCAUGAUCCCUCACAUGUCUGUGAUGUAUGCAACAAAACAUAUGAUUCUAUUGGUCGACUUAAUUAUCAUAAGAAAAUUUCUCAUGGACCUAAACAAAAUACCUGUGAUAUCUGCAGUUCAUCCUUUGCCAGUAAAUCAUUACUAAGACAACACAAGAAAAGGCACGGUCCUAAGCAAUUUUUCUGUGACAAAUGUAGCUGUAGUUAUUACUUCAUGCAUCAACUUACAAAUCACCUUAAAAUACAUGACGAAAACAGCAUCAAGUACAAAUGCACUGUUUGUUCAAGAGAGUACGUCAACAAAUCUCAUUGGAAGGAGCAUGUCAAACUUCAUGAUGGAUCAAACUUUGUACAGUGUGAUCAGUGUGGCAAAUCUUAUAACAGCAAGAAAAGUCUGAAUCUACACAAGAGCUCAACACAUGUUGAUGAAAGGAAGUUUAUUUGCCAAGUUUGUGGAAAGGCAUUCUUGACAAAACAUCAUCUUAAGAAUCAUCUUAUUACACACGAUGAUGAAAGGAACUAUAAGUGUAGGUUCUGUGAUGCUACAUUUAAGAAAAACGAUGUAUUAAAGAUGCAUGAAAAUGUCCAUACUAAGGAACAAAAGUAUAUAUGUGAUAUCUGUGGCGGACAUUUUUUACGACGUUCAUCACUCAGAAAUCAUCGUCUUACCCAUGUCCCAGGGCAUCAGAGAUGGAAAUGUCGCUAUUGUGAUACCAAAUUUAGAACCCAGUCGUCCAUGAUGACGCAUAUAAAGAAUAAACAUGUUGAACUCGAUCUUUCACAUGAUAGACCAUUAUGUAAAAAAUGUGAUCAGUGUGGUAAAGUAUAUGCGAAAGGGCUGGCAUUUAGAGUCCACACAGACAUGCAUGCUGGAGUGAAAAGGCAUAAAUGUCGAGUUUGUGGACAUGCAUUUACUGACCCAGCUAAUUUACGGAUGCAUUUGAAGAUUCAUGACGGUUCAGCUAAAAGAUAUGCCUGUGAUGUUUGUGAUUCACGAUUCAGUUCUGUUAAGCAGUAUACAAUCCAUAGGGAAAAACACGAUAAGCCUGCAGGACUAGAAUCUCUACAAUAUAAACAAAAUGCAGGACAAGAUUUGUCCAUAAUGCUGGCAACAAAAACCGAAGAAGUAGAUAAUAAAUACAGUCCUACAGUAACUGUAUUUGCACGUGACAAAAUAAGUCAAGAUGUUGCUGCAGUUACAUUGCACGAAAUGAGGAGUGUGAACACUGGUCUAGUACCCGUGAAUACAAACCAUGGAUUGAUAAAUACAGAUCAGGGACUGGUGAAUAAUAGUAACUUGAUGAAUUCAAGCAUGCUGGCGCCGAAUCUUUGCUCUAAAAUCAUUAGUACAAAUACCGACAUUGGGAACAAACAGUUAAACGGAGGGCUAGCCGAUUGUCAGUUAAGGCAAAAUUUAAAUACUGAUAACCUUGCUUCAGUACCGGGCUCUUCCAAACAAGAGACGGACAUGAAGAACUAUGAUGAAAUUCAACCGCAGUGUAGUUCAGUGUUCAGAAACUAUUGUUCACAAUAUCAAUAG